CGCGGUUGCGCCAACUGGAAGAGGAUGUUGCUAGCAGCCAGUGUAGAUGCACAGCCUUUUCACAACAAUAACAUUCACUAAAAAUUUGCAUCUCCACAUCCACGAACUGAGGAUUCCGCUUUGAGAACACAGCCGGAUUCGCUCUUUGGAUCACAACCUUAGCACGUCCACAUAUUUAUAGUUCUGUCUUCUUUUGACAAUGGGACUGGAUGGGUUUGCAGCUUUACUGGACUGUUUUUUGGCAGAAGCAGAAACAAGAAUCUUGGCUUGCCAGCUAGGCCGCAGAUGGAUUUUGUCGCCAUGAGCAAGAGUCGACUGGCGAUAAAAUAUUGGAUGUAUUCUCUAUGCGUUUAUAUUGUCGCCGCUGCUACGGAGCCGAUGCGUUUGUAGCACGAUUAUUUUCAAUUUUCGCAGUUUUUUGUUAAAGGCAACAACAGAAGCUAGCAAGCCCGCUAGCUUCUCAACCUUGACUGGCUGCCGUCUUGUUUCACUAGUUAGCUCCGUUGGCUAGCUAGCGAUCACUGGGCCACCAAAGCAGUUGGAUUUAAACUUUUUGUUGAGGAUCUACGUUCACUGUCUGGUACCACACUGGUACCGGUACCGCAGAUUUCGUGUGCGAGGUCUGCCUCUGGCUGAAUGUGGGACAAAAUGGAGACCCCGACAAUUGUGUACGAUCUGGAUACCUCUGGAGGCUUGAUGGAGCAAAUCCAAACUCUGUUGGCGCCUCCGAAGUCCGAGGAUGUGGAGAAGAGGAGUCGGAAGCUGGUAAGAGACGUUCGGAGGAGCGGCAGGGCCACCAACCACGACACCUGCGACAGCUGCCGGGAGGGGGGCGACCUGCUGUGCUGCGACCACUGUCCGGCUGCAUUUCACUUACAGUGCUGCAACCCACCGCUUAGUGAAGAAAUGCUUCCUCCUGGAGAAUGGAUGUGUCAUCGCUGUAACAUGAGAAAAAAGAAGCGUGAGCAGAAGUCUGAGCAGACUAAUGGCUUCCCAGACCGGUCCUCAACCAAGCGUUCCACUUCUCCUACGGGCGAGCUAGAGGUGGGCCCCGGCCCGCUGAGGCUCGAUGGCCUUCCGCCAGGGGCAGGCGCUGCGGGGCCCGGUCUGCGUGUGGCUCAGGUCCGCCUCCUGGACCGUAGGACCAGCAGCAGACCCAGCAGCCGUCCUGGGACCCCGACAUCCAACACGUCCUCCACCCCGACCCCAUCAGAGGAGCAGAACGAUGGAGAGGAGGAGGCAGCCGACCCUGAGGACGACGUGCAGGCGGUCGAACCCGACGAUGCGGCGCUGUCUGUGCCGGCACCUCGUCUUCUCAAGAGGCCCUUCCAGCUGCUCAUUGCAGCAGCCAUGGAGAGGAACCCCACACAGUUCCAGCUGCCCAGUGAGCUGACCUGCACCACGGCGCUGCCAGGCAGCAGUAAACGAAGGAGAAAAGAGGAGCUGCUGGGUAAACCAUUCAGGAGGCCUCAGCACGAACUGGACCCCAACGGCUUGGUCCCUCUGCCCGUCAAAGUCUGCUUUUCAUGCAACAGGAGUUGCAGGUUGGCCCCGCUGAUCCAAUGUGAUUACUGUCCACUUCUUUUCCACAUGGACUGCCUGGACCCUCCACUGACAGCUCUGCCUGCUGGCAAGUGGAUGUGUCCCAACCACGUUGAGCAUCUCGUGCUCAACCAGAGGAGCCUCAGCCUGUCCAGCCGCUGCCAGCUCUUUGACCAGUUCCAGGACAGGAUCUCCCAGCAUGCCGUCCGGUUGAACUUCCUCCGUAGAGUCCAUCGGCAGAAUGCUCCCAACCGCCGGACUUCUUACCAGCAGAACAAGAAAACCAUUAAGGUGCCAGAUGCAAUCAAGUCUCAGUACCAGAAUCCCCCCCCUAUGCUGCUUCCUGCUGGGGUGCAUCAGGUGGAGUUGGUUUGUAGCGGACUCCCCCACCAUCAGCCCGCAAAGCACCUGACCACAGAGCUGGAGCAGGAGGAGUGGCUGCAGGACAUCAUUGCUCUGCAGUGCAGCAUCAUGAGACACCUGUCCAUCAGCCAGAAGGUCCGCUCGGCCACGCCCACCGACCUCCCGCCAGAGUGCGAGAGGAAGAGAACAUGUGUUACAUCAGAGGAGAGGAAAAGUCAGGCGGCAGAAGGAAGAACUUCCCCUGAGCCGCGCUCUAAGCCCUGCGGCGUGCCUGAGCCCCCCCAGGAAGCCCAUAUAGCCAGGGACGCCUCAGCAGAGCUGGGGGAGUGUAAGUGCAGCAUGGCACCCUGCCCCAAAUGUAGGAAACCCAACGGACCCCUGGCAGAGCUCCACCCUCCCAAAGCCAACGGACCCCUAGACUGUAACAGUGCCUCGGACCCCUGCAGGCCGCCGGACCCGCAGCACAGAUUAAAGACUCACACAACCUCAUCGUCGGACUCGGCCGUCCCUUCAGGGCUAAUGAACCACAUAGGAACGGAAACGGUUAAAAAGGAUCCAGAGAGCACAACUGAAGCCUGUGCUCAGAACAACUGGCCCCCGGUUUGGCCCCAGAGCAGCCAGCAGAACCAUCGGAGCCAGAUGGAGCUCCAGGAGUUGUGUUUGAGUAGUGAUGAGAAGCCUCCCUUCCCCCUCCCAGGCGCACCGCCUAAAGGCAGCUAUAAGCAGACCUCCAGCAAGCAGGGGCCCGACUCAGCGAUUCCAGAUGUAAAGGCUGGUCCCGGCCUGAUGGACUGCCUCCUGCCCAGUGCCCUGUCCUCCAUCAACACCCUUUCCUCUUGCAGAAACAGUGCCAGGGACGUUGGAGGCAUCGAGCUGGACAAGUUGGAUGAAGAAACAAUCCGGUUCCUGGCUUACCAAAGGAUCCAGCAGCUCUUCCCUCCCAAAGCCCUCGGCAGUCCGCCGCUCCUCGCCCCGGGCGUUUCCUCAGACCUCCCUCCACCGCACCAUGACAGUCAGAAGGUGCAGGCUCGGGCUGUUUUCUGUCCCCUGGCAGGACGAGGACAGACGGUCAGCAUGUGCUACAGGACGCUCUACAUCGGAUCUGGUGCUGACAUGGACGUGUGCCUUACCAACUACGGUCAUUGCAGCUACAUAUCGGGGAAACACGCCUGCAUCUUCUACGACGAGAACACCAAACACUAUGAGCUCCUGAACUACAGCGAACACGGCACCACAGUGGACAACGUCCUGUACUCCUGUGACUUCUCUGAGAAGGCGUUGCCGGCGGCGCCCAGCAGCCUGGUGGCCCGGGUCCAGGGACUCAUCCGUCGCAGCAAGAAGAGGGAGGAGGACAGGGUCGUGAGUGUGAUGCCGGUGGGCGGCGUGAUGAGCAGCCAGCCGCAGGGUGGCGCGGCGGUGGCGGCGGCGUGCAGCUGCAAGGUGAGCGGCUCCAGCCUGAUCGGCGGCAGCGGCGCCGGCUGGGAGGGCACCGCCCUGCUCCACCACGGCAGCUACAUCAAGCUGGGCUGCCUGCAGUUCGUCUUCAGCAUCACUGAGUUUGCUGACGAGGAGCCGCCCGCGGCGCCCCCUGCUGGCUGCACCACCACCAGCAGCAGCAGCCAGAGCUCUGCUCCUGCCUCCACCUCCACACCCCCACGCCCCCCACCCAGCACCGCUAUGGCGAGCAGCCCCUCCAGCCAGGACGAGGCGGACACAGAGCUGGCCCCCCCACACCAAGUGCCCGUGCUGCGCUACAACAAUGUCCCAUAGCCCCCCCACAGCCCCGCCCCCCGCCUGCUUUUAUUUGCACCUUCUGUGUCACUAUAAGGAGAAAGCUACCCAGCAGGAUGGUCAACAGGGAAUACUUUAUUUUUUUCCAUUUCAAAUUGUUUAUAUUUGCAUGAACUUGAAGUAUUAAUGACAAUCUCUUCUGUUUGAGAAUGACUGACAGUAACCUUGUUUUCACUUCAGACCGUUAGGACUUUGAGCAAAGAUUAUUUACUUGAGCUCAUUUCUUUCCCACAGUAUAAAUUAGUUAUGUAUGAUGUAACCUUACUGUGUCGGUCAGAACCAUUUAGCAGUGACCUUUUUUUUUCUUCUUUUUUUUUCUCCUAGUAUUGAAUUCCAUGCAUUGUAAUUUCUUUUGCUGCUUUUGCACCACAGGUAGCUAUAAAUGUAUGUAAUCAUACAGGCUUACACACUAUAUGUAAACAUACUGUAAAUGUAAAUAAUUCAGUGUUUCUCAGCUGGAGGAACUUUGGAUUUCAUGUAGAUUUACCAUUUUUUGGUUUUUAACUGUACAGUUCAUGCAAUUUGUGAUACUGUGUAGAGUACCUGCAGUUUGUGAUAAAACUUGUUCUAAUCGUGUACCUCUGCUGUAGUCCAUCUGUUUAUACCAUAAUGUUUUAGUGCUCAUUUUAACAUCAUGUGUUGCUCUGUAUAUAGGCACUCUUUGUCUGUACCUGCUUGUCUGUUAAAACCUGUAAAUACAGAAAGAUUUUUUAAUAACAAA